AUGCCCAUCGCACAUCAUCUCAUCCUCUGCCAGUUGAAAAGCCUCGAGUAUCUUGUCCACCUUGUUGUCACCACGCCAAAAAUGGACCACAUCCUGGUCGCAAGCGACGACCAUGCACACAAGGCGAUAGAAGUUCCUUAUUUGGAUGAUGAGAGAUUUAGGUACGAUGAUCUUGGGCUGUUGUCUUAUCCGGAGAGAGUCGCUGUGGAUGUGGUUCGACUGGCAGAGGAUAGAGAUACGAGUCUGAGAUUGAACAACUCGGCUCCAUUUAUCCAAGCAUGGCUGUGGUUUGGACUUCUUGGGGAAUGCCUCCUGGUCGGGUUGCGACACAGCUCGGCACCCAAGCGCAUACACUGGGGAACCUUUGUCAAGACCAUUGCUAAUCAGAGGUUCGUAUCCCUCAGGGAAUUAAACAAUGUUUUGUCCGAACCUUCGGCGCGAGCCAUGUCUGCAGCCUUCAUCGAGUGGCGAAGCCAACGUCUUCUUGCCUGCACUCGGGUGGCUCAUGACUUUGUGGCAAGAGCUUUGGACACCUUAAAGCUUCCCAACGCAACUCGGAAAGAUGAAACAAUACUUUCCGAUACUAUUCUUGUUUGCCUCUCUGUUCAAAUACUUUGUCAAACCCUCCUAGAAACAAUGAGCCCGCGCAGUGGCGUAAUGCCGCUUGAGCUACCACCCAACGUCUCAUUGGAUGCUGUCAAUCUGCUUCUCAAGGGGGCUGGAUGGUGUCCCAAGGAUAUCGACCUCUUACCCAAGGAUGUCGUCUAUCGAUUCUACUUGACAAGCCUUCGACCGCGGCGGAUUGCCGGUGAGCCUGGACACCGCGGGCGACACGGAUGCAGUUGUCAUCAAGGGCAAGGACAAGCCACGUCGCCUGAUUCCAUGAUUGAACCAUUGCACACGCGUCAGACAUGCCAGUGCACGCAGCACGAGAUGCGUGGACAGCAUCUCAAAUAUGGACUGAAAAAUGAUUCCAUGUUCAUAUUUAAACUCCCUCAAGGCACAACACUGUCAUUCGACCGGGUUCCCUUGCCGGACAUGUCCAUUGAAACCCCCCUAUCGACUGCUCGCUUUGUGGCCAUCAGUCACGUACGCAGCGUCGGGCUUGGCAACGAUAGAAAGAAUUCUCUACCCUUCUGUCAACUCACUCUUAUCCAAGUCUUGGUCAAUCAGAUCGACCCUCCCCAAAAUGAACAGACCGACACUGCUUUCUGGAUUGACACAAUGGCACUGCCCACUGACUUGAGGCGUCGCAAACCCAUGCUUUCGUCCCUUCGCAGGGUCUUUGGGACGGCGACCGCGGUUCUAGUCCUGGAUCCCUCCUUGUCCACGCAUUGUUUCCGGUCUGCGGAAGAAGCUCUCAUUCAGAUACGAUACUCGCUGUGGAAACAAAGACUCUGGACCAUUGAAGAGGCUUUUUUUGCCAGGAGACUCAUCUUUCGCUUUGCCAACCGAAUGGUCUCUUUGGAUGAGUUGCUGACGGCAUUUUCGGCUUCCCGACCUCUACGAGUACCAGUCCUGAAGCCGCCUCUAGAAAUUUUACCCGUCGACCAUGAGAGCAUGAUGUCUCAUCUCAUCUGCUUUGCUAAUGACAUUCAUGCGACCCCGGAAAACACAAUAGACAAGCGGGAAUUAUACCGAAUACUCCGUGCUGGAUAUCUUUCGUCGCCCAAGUUUCGGUACUUUGUGGAGCCUGGGGAACUUAAUCUUACGAAACAAGCUUGCUUCGCAAUCCAGAAUACAUAUCAAUCUACUACCUCAAUGAAUUCCAGCUUAGAUCACGUUGCAGCUAGAUUGGGUUUAGUGCUGGACACCUUUUUAGGAAGAAAGUCGUAG